AGAAUGGACCGCGGCAGCCUCCUGCCCUUCCAGCUGUGGUGCCCCCGGCCCUUCGGCACCUACUCCCAGAACCAGCCACGCCCACCUGCUGCGGCCCUCAAGCCAUCAGCCUGCACAGAGCCCAGCAGCGGGUCUGAGCCUGACCAUUGCCCGGCCCUCUCAGAGAACACACCGCCUGCCUUGGCCGCCGAGACCCCAGCCUCCCAGGCCGCCCCCCUGCUCUCAGGAGCAGCUUCCGGAGACGAGGGCCGCGUCCUAUUAGACACAUGGUAUGUCAUCAAGCCUGGGAACACCAAGGAGAAAGUGGCCUUCUUUGUGGCCCACCAAUGUGGAGGAGGGAGCCGGGCCAGCUCCAUGAAGGUCAAGGGCCACUGGGGCAGUGACAGCUCCAAGGCCAAGCGGAGGAGGCGCUGUCUGGAGCUGACCAAAGCUCCCCCAGACCCGGGGGGCCAUGAUGGACCCUCCACUGUGGAGGGUGGUCCCACCUCAGCCAGCGAGGAUGUGGACCUGCUGUCGGUGGCUGAGAUGGUGGCCCUGGUGGAACAGCGGGCUGCCCUGGCCCUGCAGACCUACCCACGCCCUGCCACCCCAUCACCCGUGGUCUUCGUGUCUGCCGAGCAGGGUGGACCAGCCAAAGGUCUGGGAGCUGAACGGCGGGCCGCUGGUAGCAGUGGCGACUGCAGCCGUGUAGCCGAGGCUGUGGCCCACUUUGAGGCCCAACGGGACAGCCCUCCAACCAAGGGCCUCCGUAAGGAGGAGCGGCCCGGCCCGGGUCCCGGUGAGGUACGUAUUGCCUUCCGCAUCUCUAACGGCCGGGAGCCCCGGGGGCAGGAUGGCGGCUUGUCCAGCGGGAGUGGGGGCCGGCCUGGCUGUGCCUACCCCGGCAGCCCAGGCCCUGGAGCCCGAGCCAAGGACAAGAUCACCUGUGACUUGUACCAGCUCAUCAGUCCCUCCAGGGACGCCCUUCCCAGCAACGUGGAGUUCCUGCUGGCUCGGGCUGAUGAGGCCAGCGAGGGUGACUCCCCAGCCAUGGCUAGACCCGAGGACACCCCCCCAGCCCCACCUCCGCCCCCUGCCCGGGACUGCGGCGGCGCGUCCGGCUUCCACGUGGAUGUGGUGGUGACAGGCGUGGUGGACGAAUGCAUCUUCUUUGGCAAGGACGGUACCAAGAAUGUAAAGGAGGAGACCGUUUGCCUGACGGUCAGCCCUGAGGAACCACCCCCGCCGGGCCAACUCUUCUUCCUCCAGUCCCGGGGGACAGGCGACGGGCCCCCUGAGCCUCCCCCAGCCGACGCCCCACCGGCCACGGCGCCCGCCCCGGACGACACUCCCGAAGGCCCUGCGGACACCUCGCUGUGCCGCCUGUACCGGCACGUGUCACACGACUUCCUGGAGAUCCGGUUCAAGAUCCAGCGGCUGCUUGAGCCGCGGCAGUACAUGCUGCUGCUGCCCGAGCACGUGCUGGUCAAGAUCUUCAGCCUCCUGCCCACGCGUGCCCUGGCGGCCCUCAAGUGCACCUGCCACCACUUCAAGGGAGUCAUCGAGGCGUUUGGUGUGCGGGCCACCGACUCACGCUGGAGCCGCGACCCACUCUACCGGGACGACCCUUGCAAGCAGUGCCGCAAGAGAUAUGAGAAGGGCGACGUGUCACUCUGCCGCUGGCACCCCAAGCCCUACCACCACGACCUGCCUUAUGGACGCUCCUACUGGAUGUGCUGCCGCCGGGCGGACCGCGAGACGCCCGGCUGCCGCCUGGGCCUGCACGACAACAACUGGGUGCUGCCCUGCAACGGGCCGGGUGGGGGACCCCGGGCUGGCCGGGAAGAGGGGAGGUGAAGCUUGGGGGGAGGAGGGAGGGAGGGAGCCCAUCGUGCCCGGCCCCCACCUGGCACCCCCCUCCCCGUCCCUGUCAGCACUGACUUUCUAGCCGAACUGAGACAGGGCCCAGAGGGUGAUGUGCGACUGGACCCCUGGCUGCCCCAUUGAUUUUCUGUUCCACAGACCCCCAGGGCUGAAGGCCCUCCUGCAAGGGUGGGUGUGUAAGUUUGCUUUUUUUUUUUUUUUUUUUUUAAGUCAACAUCUCAGUUUCUCCUCCAGCCCGCCCCAACUCCCUCCCUGCCACCUUCAACCCCAGGGACCCACCUGCAGGGAGCUGACGGCAGCUAAUUUUGGUACCACUUAAGGGUUCCCCCAUCUGACCCCGUUCCCCCAGUUCUGUCUUGUGGAGCUGUUUCUUCCUAAGAGCCAGCAGGGCCUGCCCCUACCCCGGGCCUGAGGGCCCUGGAUCACGGGCUGCUGCGAGACUUUUUUCCCACUAAGGAAGUAGAAGUCAUGUUUCCCCUAAACCAGUCUCCUCCCUCUUCCCUAUAGGGGAAAAGAAAUCUGAAGCCUAAAACUCCCCCGACCCCUGUUAUUUAAGCUAUCGCCACUCCCUGCCCCACCCCCACCGCCCAUGAAAGCUGUGAAGCCCUCUGCCCAGCUCUCAGCAGUGGAGCAGCAGAGGGCUGGGGCUGGGGACGGGCGUCCCAUGUCUGUCCUUCUGCUCCGGAUAUGGGGGUUUGCAGCCCCGGUCCCAUGUGCUGCUGUAGAAUCCUUUGGUCAACCAGGACCUUGAUUUUCAGGCAGUUUGUUUCUGGGGGCAUCUUUGUUCUGGAUUUUUCUUUCCCCAUCAUUGUGGUUCUGGAAGCUUCUAGCGUGUGGCAUCUUGGCCAGUUUUUAAUUGGUCCUUUCUAUAAAAUCAAUAUUUAUAAGGCUGGGCCCC